AUUUCUCAUUCACAAAACCAACAAAUAUUUAAGACACACAUUCUCUUAUUCGAUUUCGCCCCCACCAAAUACGUACUAAAAAAUACUCAUCCAGAUAAACUAUUAUACUACUAGCUAGGAAUCGAAUCAGUAUAUCAUUUCAUGGCAGGAUUAAUAACCAGUUUUGUCAUGGCGAUAACGAUAGCUCUGGUGCUGCUUGCUGAUGCCUUUCAUGGUAUCGCUGCUGCGCGGACAUUUCGUGGAGAGCAGAAAUGGCGCUGGGAUAAUGAAAGCUUUCUACAAAUCGAGUCUCUCCAGCGUGGCCCGGUCCCGCCGUCGAGAGCUUCCGGUUGCGGCCACACUCCUCGUCCCGGAGAAACCGGACGCUGCCCCUUGGACGAAAUGAACUACUCCGGCGGCGGGCGCUUCCGGAGUCGCCGUGCACCGUCACCGCCUCUGCCGGAUCAUGCGGUGGCGCCGUCUCCCGCCAAGUCGUCAAAUGGUGGCGAUUUCUCGGCCUGAGGUGCAUGGCUUACGUGUCCAGAAGUGGAGUGGGUCUGUACUGUGCCUGCCAUCAUUUGACCUGUUUCAUCAAUUGUAUUAUUUAUUUCACGUGUAGCUAAUUUGUUGGUCGCAUGUACUUUAAUUUAUUGUUUUCAUUUUCACCAAUCAAGAGUACGAUAUUAAUGUUAUGAAUCAGACCCUGGACUGCUGAAGAUUGAGGGAGUUGGCGGGAAGAUUUGAAUAAAGCUGUCAUGGCGUC